AUGCCUCGCCGUAGAAAGGAUAAAGAGUUUGACGACGGGUUGGAUUCCUCGUCAGAAAGUGAGAAAGAAUUGUCUGAAAUCUCGGACACUCUUUUAUUGGAAGAAAGAGAAUUGUUUGAAAAUCCUUCACGCAAACGCCGCAAAUUCACAAAGGAAGAUGCAUACCUAGGAAUUUGGGCAGAGCCUGACGAAGCUGAUCGAUCUAUUCGACCAAAUCGUAAGAAAAGAGACGUACAAUUUGUUUCUUCGGCUUCGAGACCAGUUACAGUCGAGGAUGAUGAAACAGUCGACUAUGCAUAUACGGAUCAUUCAAGUGGAGAGGAUGUAGAAGCCAAAAAAAAUAAUGCAAAAAACGUAACAAAUAUAUCUGAUUCUAUUGCUGAUAAUUCCAAUACUGUCAUGGAAGAAAAUAUUGAAGGAUAUGUAGGCCUUGGUCUAAAUUCUUCACUUAAUAUUCAAUUUUCAUCUACGAAAGGGAAAGGUUCACAAAAAUCUAAUGACUCUUCAAAGAAACGAGUUGAUAAAAAUUUUGGAAGCUUUGAGAAACAUACGAAAGGAAUUGGUCUGAAAUUAAUGAUGAAAUAUGGUUAUAAAAUAGGUGAAGGUUUGGGUUCAGAGAGAAGCGGUAUUGUAAACCCAAUUGAGACUCAAUUGCGUCCCGCGAGGAUGGGAUUAGCAUAUCAAGGAUUUAAAGAAAAGAAUAAACAAACCAAAGAAGCAGAAAAAAGGCAAGUAAAUGGUUUAGUUGAGGAUGAAGAAGAAAUUAGUAUCAAAUCGGUUAAAAAAGAAAAAAGUAAUGCAUGGAAGAAAUCUGCAAAGACUAAAAAGCCCAAAAUCGCUUACAAGACUGCAGAUGAAAUUAUCAACGAAAUUGGUUUAAGCUCAUCGAUACAACCAAUCAAAAUUAUUGAUAUGACCGGUCCACAGGUUCGCGAACUUUCUUCGACUAGCCAAAUCUCCUCACUAGCAAUUCCGGACACGUCUACACGGUUACCAGAAUUGCGUCAUAAUCUUCGGUUAAUCGUUGAUAUUUCUAAAGCGGACUUGGAACAUUUCACGAGAGAGCGGCGUAUACAAACCGAACGAACUAAGGUAUUGAAAAAGGAUAAAAUUAUAGCAACGGAACAAGUCGAUGAUGAAAAAAGAAAGAUAAGUCGUCUUGGAGAAAUAAUAUCAAUUAUUAAAGAAUGUAGUAUGCGGCUUACCCUUUCCUUAUCAAACGGUUCUCUUUCAUUAAAAGAUUUUUAUGCUCCCUUUGACAAAAUACAAAGUGAAUAUGUCAAUGAAUUCACUACUUAUAAUUUAGAUGCUGCUAUAAUUGCAAUAAUUACUCCUGUGAUUAAACAAAAUAUGAUCGAUUGGAAUCCUUUAAAAUCUCCUGAUUUCUGUGUAUUAGAUUUUUUAAAAUGGAAAGAUUUAUUCAGGACAAGUCCACCUAUAACUAAUGCUCCACUAUUAGAUGAUGAUAGGUUUAAUUAUAAUUCUUCAAGCCAGCGUCCUAGUGAAAUUACCAUGACACCUUACGAAAGUAUGAUGUACAAUGUUUGGCUUCCCAAAAUUAGAUCCGAAAUCAAUAAUAAUUGGAAUGCCCGAGAUUGUGACGCACCAAUAACACUACUCGAAUGUUGGAAACCACCCUUGUUGCCAAUGUUUAUUUAUGAUAAUAUUAUAGAUCAGCUUAUUAUGCCAAAAUUGACGAGAGAGGUGGAUGCUUGGAACCCAAAUACUGAUACGCAAAUGAUACAUCAAUGGCUGCAUCCUUGGCUUCCUAUAUUAGGUGAACGGAUGGAACCUUUAUAUCUGACCAUUCGCCAAAAAUUCCGAUCAUCUUUACAAAGGUGGGAUCCGAUUGAUACAAGUGCAUUUGACAUUAUAGAACCUUGGAAAAAUGUUUUCAAGCCGGAAGACAUGCAAUCACUCCUAGUUAAAGCUAUAUUACCAAAACUUACAGACACCAUGAAAACAAAACUUCAGAUAAACCCAAAAAAACAGGAAUUAGAAGCUUUCAAUAGUAUCAUGACGUGGCGAGAUUUAUUCACUCCUAAAGCUUUUAACCAGUUAUUUGAAGACACAUUCUUUCCAAAAUGGUUGAAUGUAUUAUAUAUUUGGCUGACUCAUAAUCCUAAUUAUGGUGAGAUACGACAAUGGUAUCUUUUCUGGAAGUUACUGUUUCCUAAAGAAAUGUUUGACAGUCCGAUAAUUGAAGAACAGUUUAUGAGGGCGUUAUAUAUGAUCGAAGAAAGUAUAUCUUUAGGAAGAGAUGCGCCUAUCAGGUUGACUCAUCCAUCUCAGCAAAAUACAAUACCAGAACCAGAACAAUUCAGAUUUCCAUCUGAAAAGACUGUUACAGAUAUUGUAGAUAUUACCUUUUUCGAAAUUGUGGAGGAGUUUGCUCAAGAAAAGAACUUUUUGUUUUUACCAACCAACAAAAUUCACGACUCUGGAAAGCCGUUAUUUCGUAUGGGUUGUACUUCAGAAGGGAUUGGCGGCUUACUUAUGUACUUAAGUGAUGACGUUAUGUAUGUCAAGGAAGGUCAAAACUGGACACCAAUGGGAUUUGGAGAAGUUUUCGGGAAAUUAGAAAUCUUGAACCGUCGACUUUGA